AUGCCAUUGAAAGAUAGAGUUCGCCAUUUAUUACAUCGUGAUCAGAAUAAAGACCGCGGUCAAUCAGCUACAGGUGAAAAUGAAAUCAGCCAAACGCCAACCUUUAGCGUGACUAAGGAUGAUUCAGCAAUUGAAGAUGAAGUUGAUCAUGACGAGAAAUUGCCUCAUGAAUUAAGCCUAAAAAUAAUAGAAAGCCAAAGGACUGAACUUCAGAAGAAAUUAAAAUCUGUUACAAAGAAACUGUCUGAGUUGGUUCUAGAAAAUCAUACCGCUUACAUGGGGGAACUGCAAAGGGUAAUGGAUCUUCAGGAAGAUCUGGAAAGAGCCAAUGUUUUGUGUGCCAGUGGAAGAAAAAAAUUAACUCUUUCGAGAGAAAAAUUUAGUGGAGCAGGUCUAGGAGUUCUUGGAAAACAUCGAAAAAAACAGCUCUUGUCUUAUCUAUUGCAAAAUUUUCAUACUAUCAAAACAUUGCAAAAAACGGAUAUUCAUCUACGAGAGCUAUUAGAGGAAAAGUUAGAUGUUGCCUUGUCAAAGAUUUGUUCAAAAUUUGACUCAGAAACAUACACAACUAUUCAAAACGCCUACAGUUUACUUGGAAAGAAUCGGGCUGCAAUGGAUCAAUUACAUAUGCAUUAUACAAGUGCUAUUCACAAUACUGCAUUUAGUGUAGUUACCGGACAUGUAGAGGAAAAAGGAGAAGCGCUGAUAAAAGAGGAAGCUCAAAAAUUUUCCUAUCAGGAUUUGUGUAAAAAAGUUCCGAUUUCGCGAUUCAUCGAAUGUUUGAUUCAUUUAUCAAAAGAAAUGUGGUACAUAAUGCAUAGUUAUUAUUACGUCAUGAAAUGGCAUAAAGACGAAGAAAAAAAUGUACCGAAAUUAGACUCUUACCCUAGUAUAGCUGAUAUUGAAAACGAUUACAACAAGAAGUAUGUUUUAAAGAAGCUAGAGACUGGUUUUACCCGAGUGUGGCAAGAUGUUCAAAUGAAAGUUAAACUCCUACUGUUUGGCACAGACUUUUCCUCAUUUAGUAAAUUUGAAGAUCUGUUAUUCAUUCUCGAUCUUACUAAUAGGUUAAUGUUAGUGGGUGAAGAAUUUUGCGGAAGUAAAUCGAAAACCUUACAAGAAACAAUUCGUACUCAGAGUAUUAAUUAUUUCAAAUCGCAUCACCGAGCUCGUUUAGACGAGUUAAGAAUGUACCUAGAGAAUGAAGCAUGGGAAGUGUGCCCUUUAGAGCUUGGAUUUAAUAUAUUCAACCUUCAAGAGUUUAGAUUUUUAAGAACUGCUGUUCAAGACGCGAACAAAUCGAAAUCUGACACGAAUGGUAUGAGAUGUGAGGUUAAUGGAAUUUUUGAGAAAUAUAACGUUUUAGAGAGCCCUUUUGAUUGUAUCAUUGAAGAUAAUAGCCCAGAUGACGUCGUUUCCACGGAUAAGCCAUCAAAUGAUGAACCUGAGGUAGAUGAAGAAGGUAAAACGAUCUAUAAUGAUAAUGAUGAAGAUGACAUUCCUGACGAACUUAAACAAGAUUUUAUCGACGAGCAAACCGGUGAAACGCCAUCUAGGAACUACAAGGCUGGGGAGACCAACGAUGUAAAAUUUUCACAAAAUUCUUCGGUUGUUGCCAAUACAACUUUAACUACCAUUCGGUUUUUUGGGCGAUAUAUGCACAUUAUGCAUGCGCUAUCACCAAUUGCUUUCGAUGUUCUCAUUAGCAUGACUCAGCUUUUUGAUUACUAUUUAUUUACGGUAUUUUCCUUCUUUUCUAAUGAAACGAUUAGUAACAAUCAUCAACUAAGCAGUAAACUUGCUGCAACUUUAAAGAGGAUAAAGGAUAACAUGAUCCAAUCUUCGCAUGCUAGUGAAUCUGUUAGUGUCAGUGUCGAUGAUAUUAAGGUUCAGUUUCCACGGAUGUCAUUAGAUGCUACCCUAUUUGAUGCUGGAACUCAACGAGGAUUAGCAUGUAGAAUCAUUGCCACUGAGUCUGUGAUUUUUUUAGCUGAUAAACUUGAACUUCUUCGUCUUCACCUUGAAACAAUGAUUCCUUCUUCAAAACGCCCUUUUUUGUCCCAGUUUUAUUCUCAGAUUCGUCUAGCUAUGAAUAAUGUUAAAUGGGACGUUAAGGAAAUUAUGUCACAACACAGCAGUUACGUCGACUUAUUAAUACAGGAAUUCUGGCGGUUCGAUACAUACUUUAAAAGUUUGGCGCGGAGAGUGUUAUUGCCGAUUGAAGUAUAUAAUAUAUUAUGGGAUCGUUGCAUAAAGUUAGCUAAUAAGACAUUUGUUGAUGGCUUCAGUAAUGUAAAGAAAUGCAGCAAUGAAGGCAGAGCCUUAAUGCAAUUAGAUUUUCAGCAAUACUUGUUGCAGCUCGAGAAAAUGACAACCGUGAGGCCAAUACCAGAAAAAGAAUACGUAGAAAAUUACGUCAAAGCCUAUUAUUUAACUGAAUCUGAAAUUGAAAAAUGGAUUCGCUCUCAUAAAGAAUACUCAUCUAAGCACCUUUCAAACUUGGUUCUACACGGAGUUGGAUCUCACCUCAACAAGAAGCAAAAGCAAAAGAUAUUAAAUUUGAUUGAAGAUAUAGAAAAAGGAAAAAAAUCUUAA